CAGCAUUUUUUUUCAGCUAAGAGGAAAUCCUAAGGAAAUGUGUGGGAUCAUCAUGCACUGUGUUUUCAAGAGGCUAAUACGAUAUUGACUACUUGUUUUCAUAACAAGACAGGUUUAUAGCGUCUGGUGACAAACACAACUGUGUUUAGAUAUAUUUAGAGUCGGUGCAAACAGCGGAAGCGACCGUUGUUAGGUCAAAAUGUCGAUUCAGUACGAGGUGGAACAGCUGCCUGACAGCUACGGGGUUUCGGACUCGUUCCCCAAAGAUUUCGGUUAUGGUGAAGAGGAGCCCGACAUCGAGGACAGCUCGUCUCCGUCAGACAGCAAGCCCAGGAUCCUGCUCAUGGGUUUGAGGCGAAGCGGCAAGUCAUCCAUACAGAAGGUGGUGUUCCACAAAAUGUCCCCCAACGAGACAUUGUUUUUGGAGAGCACCAACAAGAUAUACAAGGAUGACAUCUCCAGCAGCUCCUUUGUUAACUUCCAGAUCUGGGACUUCCCUGGCCAGGUGGACUUUCUUGACCCCACCUUUGACUAUGAGAUGAUCUUCAGAGGAACUGGAGCGCUGAUAUUUGUCAUAGAUGCUCAGGAUGAUUACAUGGAGGCUCUGGGACGGCUCCAUCUCACCGUGUCACGGGCCUACAGGGUCAAUCCAGAGAUCAACUUUGAGGUGUUUAUCCACAAAGUGGAUGGCCUUUCAGACGAUCACAAGAUUGAAACACAGAGAGACAUCCAUCAGAGAGCCAACGAUGAUCUGGCAGAUGCAAGUUUAGAGAAGCUACAUCUUAGCUUCUAUUUGACAAGUAUUUAUGAUCACUCCAUAUUUGAGGCCUUCAGUAAAGUGGUACAGAAACUCAUCCCCCAACUGCCCACCUUGGAGAACCUCUUAAAUAUCUUCAUUUCUAAUUCAGGGAUUGAAAAGGCCUUUCUGUUUGACGUGGUCAGUAAGAUCUACAUCGCUACUGACAGCUCGCCUGUAGACAUGCAGUCCUACGAACUGUGCUGUGAUAUGAUCGAUGUGGUUAUUGAUGUCUCUUGUAUAUACGGUCUGAGGGAGGAUGGCAGCGGCAGCGCCUAUGACAAGGAGUCCAUGGCGAUCAUCAAGCUCAACAACACAACUGUGCUGUACCUUAAAGAGGUCACAAAGUUCCUCGCUUUGGUCUGCAUCCUGAGAGAGGAGAGCUUUGAGCGUAAAGGAUUAAUAGACUACAACUUCCAUUGUUUCCGGAAGGCCAUCCAUGAAGUAUUUGAGGUUGGAGUUUCCGCUCAGCGUCCUUUAGGCUCGCAGGCGGUUGGCUCCCCCUGCAACAAGGCGAUCGCAUUGAAUGGCACACCGCGCAACACCUUGUAAACACUGCUGUUUCAAUCACAAAGAAUAGAUAAAAACAUGAAAAAUGGAGGAAGGAAGAAGGAAAGAUGGGGAGUCUGUGGAGGAGAGACUACGAUUCUGGCGCUCCAGUCGCAUCCCCUAUCUCCCAGCACCUAAAGCAAUGAUGGAUGCCUUGAGGAAGGAAGCAACAGCGACGCAGCGACGGAGGCAUCUGCUUUAGGUGAAUGCAAAGCCCUGUGUUGGCUGUGUCGAAGUGGAGAAACCGCACCUGGACUGGAACAGGUUCAGCAUUUUUCCCCUCUAAUUUCCUAAAAACAGUCUUUGGCUGCAACACUGAGCUGCUGGUUGCUUUUACACAGACGAUUCGAGGAGGAAGGGAAAUAACUCUGUUUGACCUCUGCUGGACAAAUUGUGACGUCCUCAUCCUGUGUAGUGACGAACCCGACCAUUUCUGUGCUGAAAAAAAAAAAAGACUGUGGAUGUGAACUGCUAGUCCUAACCCACACACACGUUCAGAGUUGGCCUUAGGUAGAUGGAGCUUGACGGCAGCGCAAGCUUCCUCCUACCUCACUCCACACCACCCCCUAACCUAAUGCUGCCCAAAACUCACUUUUUGGAUUCACUUGUGAAGGGAAACGGGUGUUGUGAACAGACACAAAAGGGAUUGUGCUGUCCAUCUGUCAAUGUUGUUGUGAGAGAGUGGAUAUCUGUGUAUGAGUGUUUGGAUUUCAAUUAAAGGUUUUGAUUUAAUCCCCUUCUGGGCUUCUUGCAGUAAAGGGUAUUUUACUCAAAGUUUACGUCCUUCAUCUCGAUAACAGCAGCUCAGCAUAAUUAAACGCUUCUCAAUCAGUUAAAAUCUGUUGUUUUUUUUUGUUUUGUUUUUUUUUCUUUUUGCUGUAAUGCUCUGCUGAAAAAUUCUACUUUUUUAUUUGGAUUGUGAUGGCUAUAAAAAGAUGUUUGGCUUUUGUUUGAAAGCACUGCCAAAAAUGUGAGAAAUAACAGAUUCUUUAAAAAUACACCACAAUUUCAAAAGAAAAGAAUUUUCAUAUUCUAAAAUAAACUGGUUAACACUUG